AUAUGCCAACUUAUCUGAGUUGUGCUCUUGUUGUUAUUAACGUGUAAUACAGUAUACUCCUAUCACUGUAUGUUAGUGUAAAUUUUAGUGAUAUUUUCGUAUUAGUAUCUAAAUGUAAAUAUUCGUCUGAGUGAUUUAGGUGUCAUACAAAGUGUAGCGUAUACUGUAUUAGGUACGAACGCUGUAUAAGGAAAGUUUACAUCUGUUCCUACAACUAAAUACGACAGGAAGUUCGUUGUGUGCCUAUCUGUAGGGCUUGGAGAUCUCUUGUUAAAAGUGGACAUCAACUGCAAUGUGGCAAAAUUGGAAUACUAAGUAUAUUGUCAAAUUAGGUAUCAUAUUACUAGGGACAGUGGUAUUUGUCGUGGUCAGUUUGUACAGUCAUGAGGCGGUCAGAUCAGACAGUGACCCCACGCCCGCUGUAUCGAUGGAAACAGUGUCAAGACCUACAUGUCACGCCCUUUUCACCAUCUCCGACGUACCUCUGCACACUCCUGAGUUCCAACAGUAUUUCGGAGGCAAUGUAACAAACAGCGAGAGUCCUGGAGGAGAGAGGAGCAAGUUACCAGGAAGUCACGUCACCCGGAUAGAGGAGACCGUAUUAAGGGUGCGACUCCUCCUGAAGAAGAGGUCCUCUUCAUCUGGAGCUACCACGGAGGAUUACCGCAAGCUGGCCGAGCUUCUGCCCUCCCUCCUGUCUUUCUCAGAGGACCACGCCGCCAGGGAAGAGGAGGCAGGAGCUAAUAGGAUCCCCAAAUUAGUCAGCACGAGCAGGAUUACAGCUACCGGAGGUGUUCUGCCCUACGUCCCUUGUGCCAUAGCAUCCUACCACGACCCUGCCUCCAUCACCACCUGCUUCAGGAAGAGACUCUCAAUCAGUGACUCGCUCUGGCUCUUCUUCCUGGGAGACUCGAAGAUCAGGAACAUCUUUUACGAGUUUCUGCGGCGGACUGACCAAGACUAUUACUACCAGCUCAAGUUACCAAACGGCACGGAACCAUUAAGGGAACUGCUUAAGACUCCCACCAAAAUCCACGACGACAUAGAAGCGACCACAAGCCUGUUCCCACGUCUCCGGAUCACAUUCAAGUACAGGAAGUUCAAUGAUAUCGUACCAUCAAUGAUCAGGAAGUCGAACGAGGUGAAGUUGCUGACCAGCUGGGCUACAGGGAAGGCCACGCCCCCUCACUUGCUGCUAAUAGGAUACACCCCGUGGAUGAUGCAGAGGAUGAGGACACAGUAUCCACAUGACCUGCUUGGUGACCUGAUGGAGGUACACCGAAUCGUAAUGCCGCUCCUCUACCAGAUUAGCCAGAGAACGCGGCUGUUAGUAGUGCCUCAGAGCCGCUACCGCCCUCACGCACAGCAAGGUCUCCUGGACACCAUGGCCCUAGCGAACGGCGACCCCGUCAACGACUGGAGUGAGAUGAUGUUUCUCCAGUACUAUCGACUACAUCACCGUGACACCAGGGACGACCACCACGACACCACGGACGACUACCAAGACACCACGGACGACCACCACGACAAUAGGGACGAUCACCACAUCCACGAUCACGUUUUCGACUAUACAAGUGGCUACAACCACACACAAAACGAUGUAAAGAACCGCACCUACGAUGACCACAGCAGAGUCUACCUGAGAGAUGACACCAAGGGCGACCACCACGACACCAGGGGCGACCACAUCCGUGACAUCUACGAUAACCACCUCCCUCGGAACACACCACCGCCUUCCUUAUCAAGACCUGUACCUAACCGGAACAACAAGACCGCACAACUACCUCUAUUGAGAUCCGGGAACAAUGUGGUACCUUCUGGAGUCAAGGGAGAUCAUCUGGCAAUUUAUAGGACCAAGAGGGACCAUCUAGUAUUAGCUGGAACUCAUGAAGAACCGUGGUGGUGGGAUACAAGUCUGCCGCUAAACUUGGCUGCGGUGAAGGAUUGCGAGACACUGUACAGGCGUGGGCUGGAGGACGUGGACGUGUAUAAGGGCGAGCACCUCCUGUGUAAAGACCAAGUCCAUGCAGCCCGCGCCACCCUCGGGGACAUGGCCACUAUGAUGUACAAUCUACUGUGCAACUCCGUUCUAGGAGCGCACUCCAGCUUCUGUUGUCAUUGAAAUACAAUUUACAGUUUGCAACACCUUGACAGCCAAGAACUAGGUUUUCAAAUUGUUCGUACAAUGGAUUUUCCUCCUAAUUUAAGAUGCAGGAACGUAUUUAUCAGGUUGAUAACCCAAAUAACAUCCAUUUAUACAUAUAACUUACACCUGGAGUCCUGUAUUCUUCUUUAACUAGAUACGUUCACCAGCACCGAACACAAACUUAACGCGCAGAAUCUUUGUGAAUCCAGACCCACAGCGUUGUACAUCACGGAACGGUCAAGUCAGUCAGGUCAGAUGGGAUUUCAUGCUUCAAAUGAUUUUAUGUGGUAGUUGUGGCAGAGUAAAUUGUUACUGAGAAAUGCAACUCUGAAUUCGACUUUAUUUUUUUGUCCAGAUCCUCAUUCAUUUACUGGACAGAGAAAGUGGGUCCCAUUGGCAUGACUGCCCGUUAGGGACAAUGUGGAUACAGCACAUCACUGUAUACUAAGCCUUCGGUACACAA